AUGGCAGCGAUGCAUCGCGACCGCCCUCAUGUGAUUUUUCUCGGUCGUCCGCUGCAAGUUGAGGGCGUCAUAACCCAAGGAGGUGGCUUCAUUGACACUCAUGAAUGGAUUGAACGAUACCAGAUCCAGUACAGUAACACAGACGCCGCUUCUUUGGGAAGCAUCAGAGAUAACAGUGGCAAUAUCCAGGAAUUCACAGGUAAUGUUGAUGAGCAGUCACCGGUGACCAUGAUAUUUGCCACGCCAGUAACGGCUAAGAUCAUCCGGCUCCUACCCACAGAGUACAAUGUGUGGCCUACACUCCGCAUGGAACUUCUUGGUUGCAGAGAUGUGUGCUUUCAGCCACUGGGUGUACAAGAUGAAAGUGUGCCCGACUCAAGUUUUACAGCUUCAAGUUGGCGAAGCGACCUUGAUGAAAAUGACUGUUUCCCCGCUAACGGCCGGCUGAAUGUUGGUCACGGCAAUGAAGGCACAACCUUAGGCGGGUGGUGCCCUGCAACAAACAACACAGAUGACGAACCUUGGCUUGCUGUGGACAUUGGACAGGCAUUGAGAGUAGAGGGCGUCCUCACCCAAGGCGGUAACCAUAGCGAUUCGGCCAUGAUGGAAUGGGUGACCGAAUUCCGGGUAGAUUACAAGGUCACCAGUUCUGACAAUUGGAUGACGAUCAUGAACAGAAAGAGAAACACAAUGGUAUUUCCUGGGAACGAGGAUGUAAACACACCUGUUAGACAUCUGUUUUACGUACCCACCGUGGCUCGUUUUAUCCGGAUUGUGGUCAUAGAGUACGAAGGGUACCCCUCACUACGGUUUGAGGUUUUAGGAUGUAAAGCUCCAUCCAACAUAACAUGUCCAAGUCCCGACUCGUUCACGCUUGCACCAGGAAUGGGCGAAGUUGAAGUGGUUUUUCCUGCUGUCACCAGUACCGAUCCAUACUUCAAUCGUUUCACUGUCACGAUCAGUAACGUCGACCCACUGGUGUCCAGCGGGGGUGUCAUGUGGCGAGUAGGUGAAAACUCCACAUUCCCUCCGCCAAUGAACAGCAAUGAGCAAACAGUUCAUUACAUAGCUACCGAUGAUGCCGGGAACCAAGCAACAUGCGCAUGGACGUUUGAAGUUAUCGAUAACGAACCUCCAGAAUUUGAUAACUGUGAGAAUGUUACCUUAUAUACCGAUCCUGAUAAGAAUUAUACCACUGCGAUCCCAAGUGCAACGGCAAGUGAUAAUGUAGCAGCGACUGUAGAAUGCUCAGAAAUCCCAAAUCAGCUGGAAAUUGGUGUUCACCAAGUGUCUUGCAUCGCCAACGAUUCUGCGUCCAACACCGACAUGUGCGAGUUUGAAAUAUAUGUAGUAGACAUUCAAGACCCUGUCAUCUCCUGCCCAUCUAGGGGAUCAUUCCCAACCGAACCACGCCAACCAAACGCUACGGUGGUUUUUCCUGGAGACUACGUCGCUUCAGACAACUCAGGCGACUUCCAAGUUAUCGUCACGGAAUUAAGUCCCAACUCCAGUGAACCUUAUGGAAUGAUGUGGAGCGUCGGGGACGCUGUGGUAUUAGGCAUUGGUAACCACACCUUCUUCUACCUGGCUACAGAUGCGGCUGGGAAUGAAGACUACUGUGCUUGGGAUGUCGAGGUGUAUGAUAAUCAAGACCCUGUCAUCUCCUGUCCACCUAGUAGAUCAUUCCCAACCGACCCAGGCCAACCCAACGCUACGGUGAUCUUCCCCGAUGACUACGUCGCUUCAGACAACUCGGGAGACUUUCAAGUUAUCGUCACGGAAUUAAGUCCUAACUCCAGUGAGCCUUAUGGAAUGACGUGGAACGUCGGGGACGCUGUGGUAUUAGGCAUUGGUAACCACACAUUCUUCUACCUGGUUACAGAUGCGGCUGGGAAUGAAGACUACUGUGCUUGGGAUGUCGAGGUGUACGAUGACCAACCUCCAGUAUUACAAUGCCCCUCUGAUGUGUUCAAAUCUACCUUAGCUGGUUCAGAUAAGGGCACAGCCAGCUGGUCACCUGUAACUGCGACCGACAACUCCGGCUUAAUGUCGACUAUUGUUGCCUCUCACACGUCAGGACAAAUGUUCACACUCGGUGAACACACUGUGGAGUUUACUGGCACGGACCCUUAUGGCAACGUCGGACGAUGCAACUUCACAGUCACAAUCACAGAAUUUUGUAUUGAACCCCUGGGAAUGGAAGAUUUGGGUAUCCAUGCCUCUAGUAUUUCUGCCUCCAGUGUUUUCAAGUGGUCGAGUAGUGAUGAUAUCAAGCAUCGAUGCAAAGCACAGAACGCGCGAUUGAAUCUUCCGCUCGGCACUAAUCCAAACCGGCAGAACGGAGGAUGGUGUCCCAAUGAAGCAGACAAAAACACCACAUCACAUAUAGAGAUCGAUCUUGGUCGUUCGCUGCAAGUUGAGGGCAUCAUUACCCAAGGAGGUGGCUUCACCGACACGGAUGAAUGGAUCGAACAGUAUCAGCUUCGGUAUCGUUACGCUGAGGGGCAACCUUGGAAUUACAUACUUGAUGAAAAUGGCGAUAUCAAGGAAUUCACGGGAAAUACUGACAAAAGUUCCCCAGUGACCAGGAUCUUUGACGCGCCAAUAACGGCUCAGAUCAUCAGAUUCAUACCCACAGCGUACCAUGUGUGGCCUACACUCCGAAUGGAGCUUCUUGGUUGCAGAGAUGUGUGCUUUCAGCCACUGGGUGUACAAGAUGGGAGUGUGCCCGACUCCAGUUUUUCAGCUUCAAGUUGGCGAAGCGACCUCAAUAACAGUGACUGUCUCCCCGCUAAUGGCCGGCUGAAUUUUGGUCACGGCAAUGACGGCACAACCCUAGGUGGAUGGUGCCCUGCAACGAACAACACAGAUGACGAACCUUGGUUGGCCGUGGACCUUGGACAGGCAUUGCGAGUAGAGGGCGUCCUCACCCAAGGCGGUAACCAUAGCGAUCCGGCCAUGAUGGAAUGGGUAACCAAAUUCCGAGUGGAUUACAAGGUCAACAGUACUGACGAUUGGAUGACAAUUAUGACCAGAAAGGAAAGAACAAUGGAUUUUUUUGGGAACGAGGAUGCAAACACACCAAAUAGACAUCUGUUUUACGUACCAACCGUGCUUCGUUUUAUCCGGAUUGUGGUCAUAGAGUACAAAGGGUACCCUUCAUUACGGUUUGAGGUCUUAGGCUGUAAAGAAAUACCAACAUGA